AUGUACACCGUCUAUAUUAAUCAAAUUCUCACUGAAAAAUCUACGACUCACAGCUCUUUAUAUCGUAUGGGAGCACCUGUUGGCGGCGAAAAGGACGUCGAACUCAUUAGUAAAUCAGUCGAAACUAAGACAAUCGAAACGAAACACGAGACACCAUACGGAGGAGUCAAAUGGAGCAGCGAGUUGGCACUCAAGGACUUCACCGAUCCGGUUUAUGACGUCGUCGACGAGCACAUUCUGGACAAGAAGACACGCUCGAAAGUGUCCUCAAAAUCUCUUCAAAUCUUGGCCGCGCCGCGGAAGAGAAGUUUCGAGGCGAAGAAGGCGAAUGGAGGCAUUCAACAGCCACGUAAAUAA